AGCUAGAAGUAGAAGCGCAAGCUACCCAGAGCUCGCGCGGUCGCCUAGCAGCCAGCCAUGGAGAACCCGUACACGACCUUCCUCAAGAACUACCAUCAGCGCCGCUACUACUUCUCACCCACGCUCGUGCCGGCGCCGGUGGCGUCCACGACGGCGCCUCCUCCGCUCUCCGCCUACUCCUCCAGCCCCUUCUUCUCCCCGCCGCCUCCUCCUGCCCCGCCGCCGUCGCCCCCGCUCCGGGAAGCCCUGCCCCUCCUCUCUCUCGCCCCCGCCUCCCGCAGGUCGCGUGAGCGGCGGUUCGGCCCCGGCAAAGACGACUCCGACGACGGCGACGAGGAGGAUGGGGAGGAGGGGAAACAAGCGCCGGGCUCAGCCGCGAGCAGUAGCCUGCACCACAAUCAGAAGCUCGCGGGACGGCAGCUAUUCGCGGACCUGAACUCCAAGGCGACCGACGACCCGAUGGACUCGGAGGCGGGCGGCGCGGCAGGGGACGUGACGGUGGCGCUGCAUAUAGGCCUGCCGAGCGCUGGCACCGCCGCCGACCUUAUCUCCGGGAUCUCAGCCGCAGAUAGGGCGGCGAGGGAUGAGGAGGAGGAAGAGGACGACCGCGUUAGCAGGGAGCUGAGCGGCGGUGGCGCUGAGGGGGACGGGGAUGAAGACGGCGAGAACGAGGCGGCCGUGGCACCGGUGCUAGGGUUCUCUUCGACGCCGAUCGGGCGGCUGAACAAGGGGCAGUACUGGAUCCCGACGCCGACGCAGAUCCUCAUCGGUCCGACGCAGUUCUCCUGCCCCGUCUGCUUCAAGACCUUCAAUCGAUACAACAACAUGCAGAUGCACAUGUGGGGGCACGGGUCGCAGUACCGGAAGGGCCCGGAGUCGCUGCGCGGCAUCCAGCCGACGGCGAUGCUGCGGCUGCCGUGCUACUGCUGCGCGCCGGGGUGCCGGAACAACGUCGACCACCCGCGCGCGAAGCCGCUCAAGGACUUCCGCACCCUGCAGACGCACUACAAGCGCAAGCACGGCCUCAAGCCCUUCCUCUGCCGCCGCUGCGGCAAGGCCUUCGCCGUCAAGGGCGACUGGCGCACCCACGAGAAGAACUGCGGCAAGCUCUGGUACUGCCUCUGCGGCUCCGAGUUCAAGCACAAGCGCUCCCUCAAGGACCACGCCAGAGCCUUCGGCCAGGGCCACGGCGCCCUCGGCGGCGCCGGACUCGACGACGACGACGACUGUGCCAUCUCCGACGUCGAGCACGACGGUGCCGCCGCCGCCGCCAGGUCGCUCUGAGCCUCUGAGUCACUCACCGAUCAGUCUGGCCGUGGUUAUGUGCCGCCGUGCCGGCCCAGAUGCUCACAAGGUGCUAGCUGUGUGCACAUAUGAACUGCGCAGUGUAUACAAGUCCGAAGACUAUCGGCGGUGUAUACUAAGAAGACUAUGCCCGUAAGGGUUCGAUUUUUCUGGUUUUUUCAGAAUUUUUUUUAGCCCUGCCAAUUGAGCGACACGUAUGCACGGUGGCUUUCGUGAAGUGGUUGAUCUCUUCUCUUUUGGACUGUAUCUAUUUCUUUUAGAGGUGCAUGGGCUUAUCUUGUCUCAUGUGAAAAGAUGGUUUGAUUGCAUGGGCUGAUUUUGUCUCAUGUGAAAAGGAAAUAUUAGCUGCAUGGCCUGUUGUAUGGGCUGGUAUA